AUGGGAGUAAAAAUUCAAGGUCGUGAUACACGAGCUAGUUUAGUAACGACACGUGGUGUGAGGUGCGACUGUGGCAAAAAGUUCAAAAAUUUCCGGUACAAAAAACUGCACAGGAUGAAGGGUUGCGGCAACCCUCCUACUUUCUACUGCCCUUACGAUGAUUGUGGCUACAAGUUCACAGAGUCGAUGUUUUUAGGAUUUCAUCUCACUGGAUUCCAUCUCAAAUUAGUGGCUUCAACGUCACAAAGAUCAGCAAAAAAAGGGGAAGUCUUUACGUGCAAAAGUUGCGACAAGACUUUUAAACACAGAUCCUCACACUACAACCAUACGCAGUACACUUGCGGUAAAGGGCCUAGUUACUUCUGUAAUAUGUGCGAUUUCCGUACUAAGUACGUUUAUCACGUCCAGCAGCAUCUCUAUGUCAGACACGACGUGACAGUUCGAAGGAAGGACUUGAAGGAUUGCGUAGGGUGCACCAUUGUGAAGAACUGA